AUGCCUACCGAACCCAACCAACCAAGCGACAUCGACCGCGCCAUCUCGUUCGUCAAGCGCCCCUGCUCCCGAUACGUCUCCGAAAACGAGAUCCUCGACAUGAUUAUG